AAAAAUGUUUCUGCGAGACCUACGUCUGAGUAGGUUUACAAAUACAGCCGAACAAACCUGCCUAUCCUAAACAAUAUAUACAGUAUACUUGGAAGGAAUUGCCGGGAAUGCAUACCGCAACCCUUGAAACUUUUCUCUGGGGGGGGGGGGCGCUGCGGAAGGUUAAAUUGAGGGCGGCUCUAGGGUGUUGCUAUUCCGAGAGGACUUGAAAGGCGCGCUGAGCGGGGAGAGGAAAGCCAGUAAGCGUGACUCCACUUCCCGCGAGGCUGGCUUGGGGAUGAAAUCACUGCGCAGGCCGCUCCCGCAGAAGAAGGAAAGGGCGGGGCCGAGCUUUUCGCCCGCGACGGGAAGGGGGGCUUCUCCUACGUCAUCCUCCCCUCCCUCCGUCCAAUGAGGCGCGCGCGUGCGGGGGCUGUAUACGUUUCAAUCCCAACGGCUGCCAGGAGAGGGAUUGAAGGAGGGAGAGGAGGAGUCUCCGGUUGCCACUCGAGCAGCUCUCGCCCGGCAGAAGGCGGGGAACUUCCAUGAGGCGGCUCUCGCCCGGCGUGGCUUCAGUUCUUGAAAGAGGGGUUCGUGGGCGACCAACGGAAGCGGGCUGCCCCUUCUAGGCGCUAUUUGGGCAUUUAUUAUCGUUCUCUCCUCCGGUCAGGAGGCAAUUUGUACGGAGAGAAGCCGCGCGGCUCCUCCCCAGCUCUGCCGGGUUUCUGCGUACGCAGACGGCUCAGGUUUUUUUGGUCCGCUGGUGUGGCGGCGGCGGGGCGGGGAUCGCCGGGUCUUGUGAAGAAGCAAAGGGAGCGAGGAGGAGGAGAAGCCUAAGCUGGGCAUGGGCGAGGGUGACGCGGCGGCCACCACCCCGUCCUUCGAGAUGACCUGGAGCAGCACCACCAGCAGUGGCUACUGCAGCCAAGAGGACUCGGACUCCGAGCUAGAGCAGUACUUCACAGCCCGCACCUCCUUCAUCCGAAAGCCCCACAAGGAGAAGGAUGAACAGAUCGACUGGGACAAGCCAGUUCUGUCCCAAACUGAGAUUGAGCAAAGGAUAAAAGAAUACAACAGUCAGAUCAACAGCAACCUCUUCAUGAGCUUGAACAAAGAUGGUUCCUACACUGGUUUCAUCAAGGUGCAAUUAAAGCUGAUACGGCCUGUCUCAGUACCUGCCAAUAAGAAGGCGCCCUCUAUCCAGGACACCAGGAAGUGCUCCUCACGCAGCCAGGCAGUAAAGCGGCGCACCUCAUUCUACCUACCCAAGGACACAAUCAAGCACCUGCAUUUAAUUUCUUGUACACGUGCCAGUGAGGUCAUUGAAGCUCUGCUGAAGAAAUUCAUGGUAGUUGACAAUCCCCGCAAGUUUGCUCUCUUUGAGAGAACAGAAAAGGAUGACCAAGUAUAUCUCCGCAAGCUUUCUGAUGAGGAGCAGCCCCUGCGUCUCCGGCUACUAGCUGGCCCUAGUGAAAAAGCACUGAGCUUUGUCCUGAAGGAAAAUGAAACUGGAGAAGUCAAUUGGGAUGCCUUUAGUAUGCCUGAGCUACAGAACUUCCUGCGUAUCUUGCAGCGUGAAGAGGAGGAGCAUAUUCGACAGAUCCUGCAGAAAUAUUCCCAUUGCCGCCAAAAAAUGCAAGAGGCUCUAGCCACCCGCACACCAGGUUGACGAGGUGCUCCAUCCCAGACCCAGCACUCCAGUAAAUAUAAGAUGCCAGAUGCAGAGAAGUGGUGGAGCCAAGAAGACUACGAGUGAAGCGAUCCUGCGAUUGUGUGGGUUGAAUGUAUCUCUGGAGGGGCGUAGGGUGGGAAGGGACAACCGGGGUUUGUGAGCCCGUGACUGGUGCAUGUGUGUGUGCUCUCCAUGGAGUGAGUGGUUAAUAGAGAUGUUGCAUGCAUGAUGCGAUGGGAUCAGUUGGGGAAGUAAGGAAGUGCCUGUGGGAUGUGUUUGAAGAUGAAAAUUUGAGUAGCCUUGCUACAACAGCUACUUUCAAAGUGCCAGGAUGCUAAUGCCACUUUUAUACCUACAGUGUGUCCAAUUGAGGUUUAUGUGGACUUGGUGUAAAGAUCACUUGAGAUUUAACAUAAGCAAAAUAAAUCAAAGUGGCCUCAAACUCUGAUGUAUUCCCAAGAAGGGAGGUGGCCUUAGCAAGCACCUUCCUUCAAAAUACCAUUUUUGUAUUUCUAUCAGAAUCAAACUUUGAAGCCCCAUGGAUUGUUCAAUUAUGUUCAAUUAUGUCUUUAUUUGCCGAGAUUGAUACUGAUUCAUGUAACAGUAAGACUGCUAGCAGAAUGGAACUACCUGCCUUUAUAGACUUUGAUCAGACUGUGGUCAUACAAAACAAUGAAGAAAAACUUUGUUGACUCCUAUCUCAGAUGGAUCUGAAUGGGAGUCAAGAGUAAUGGAACCAGAAUUAAAAAAUGCCAAAGGAAACUGAUUAGCAGAACCCAAAUAAAAGGCAGAGUUCCUGAUUAUUUUUCUGAUACACAGGAAAGGGCAUGCAGACCAAAAUGCACCAUAAUUGCAAUACAAAUAGUAUCUAGAAAUGAUAUUUGGACUAUGGUUGAUUCCGCAGAAAAAAGGACUAUAAAAAACAAUAUAAUAUAGAAUAGUAUGAUAAGAGCAGUGAUCAAGGACCCCCAAAUAAUCCAUGGAAGAAGGAACAGAGAGACACUUUUUAUUGCCCAGACAGAAUUUAUUUGUCUCUAGUUAUUAAAAAUCUGAAAACCAGGGGUAUAACAUCAUCAGGAUUCAGGUUUCUCUUCUGCUGAAGGCAACCAUAGCUUUGGCCACCCUCCUUUAUAUGUUGCAAUCUCUCAAUGGGCAUGCAUGAGAGGCAUUGGUGUCUGUCUUGAAAGGCAACCUUGACUUGGGCACGACCUGGCAGGAAAUAAAACUGUCUCUGUUUAGUAGUUGAACUUCCUUGGUGGAGGGGGUAUUUGUACUGCAAUAAGUGUUUUGUUCUUUUAAAGUCCGAAACACUCUGAAACACUCUCCAGACCCAGGCAUCCAAAGGAAAAUGGACCUCCUAGUCUUGGCUGACCCUUCUGGAGAGUAGUUUUUAAAUUCAGGACUGUCUUGUUAUUUGUCUUGAGAAUCCAAUGGAUUAAAAACCUUGGGGGCUCAGGUUAUGAAUGGUGCUGCUUGUAUACAAAUCAAUAAAAGAUUCAGGGGUGAGAAAUGCAUGGUGUAAUAUGUGUUUGAGAACUACUUCUUUGUUGGGACAAUAAGGUCAUUCCACAGUCGAUAAACUAGAGAAAAGUGGAAAUUGAAGAAUUGAUGCUUUUGAAUUAUGGUACUGGAGGAGACUCUUGAGAGUCCCUUGGACUGCAAGAAGAUCAAACCUCUCCAUUCUGAAGGAAAUCAACCCUGGGUGCUCACUGGAAGGACAGAUCGUGAAGCUGAGGCUCCAAUACUUUGGCCACCUCAUGAGAAGAGAAGACUCCCUGGAAAAGACCCUGAUGUUGGGAAAGAUUGAGGGCACUAGGAGAAGGGGACGACAGAGGACGAGAUGGUUGGACAGUGUUCUCGAAGCUACGAACAUGAGUUUGACCAAACUCUGGGAGGCAGUGCAAGACAGAAGUGCCUGGCAUGCUCUGGUCCAUGGGGUCACGAAGAGUCGGACACGACUAAACAACAACAACAUAAGUGGAAAAUGCAGUUCUCCCACUAAGACUACUUCUGUUUUGUGCUCCUAACUUUGGCCCUUUGCCACCCAUCACUCAGAUUUCAACAAGGACAUCCAACAGUUGGUGUGAAAUCAAAAUACAGAUAUAUGAUAGAUUAGGGUCAAGUCAGGGUCCACCAUAACUUUGAAUUACAGCAUCCUAGGAUGGUUUCAGUUUGGUGUAGAUGCCAAUGAGAGAAUCUCUAAAAUGCAUUCCUUAUUUUUCAAAACAUUUUCUGUUGCUAAUUGCCCCUUCUGAUACCCAAACUAUAUUUCCAAGCAAAAAGCAGUUUGUAUUAAGGUGACUAUUAACUCUGGAAUUGAAGCAGAAUAGGUGACCCCUAAACAUAAUGCCUUGCUUAGAACAGAGAGUUGUUGAGCCCUCACAUACAUACAGGACAUCACAUACAGAAGAUGUUGAUGCAGUUCUGUAAAUCCAUGUAUUUAUUGGUUAAUAAGCCUAUUCUAUCUCCCACAACUGCCUUGGUGCCUGCUUCCAAUAAUGUUGUCAGGUACGUUGGAAUCCACAAGCCAUUUGUAUUUAUUUCAUUUUGCAGAUUUAUAAACACUUCAUGUCCAAAGGUACAAUAAGAUAAAAUAUAAAAAUACAUUCGAAAAACAAUAGAACUAUUUCUUUUUCAUACCUUGCAGUUCAGACCUAGGCAGGAUAGUGUACUGUACUUAACAAAUGUCAUCUGCAAAACAAAAACCCUGUGUGGCUGCUGGCUACCAAAGUGGUCUGCUGAAGCCACAGCAGACUGCCCAUAAACCCCAGAAUAUCAUAGAGGCUCCCUAAGCACCAGACACAGUGUCAUCCAUACCUCAGUGCCGCAAAGGCACGUUUUUUUCCCCCUUGUCAAAUUGUGGCCAUACAAUUCCUCUGUACUUAAUGGUUUGCUCUUUGUCAAGCUUGUGGGUUGGGCGCCAUCCUGGCAAAAUUUAUUUUUCAGUCAAAUAAUUUGUGAAUUAGAUUUUUAUAUCCAAAGCAUGGGUCAUUGUGCAUGUGAUUCUCACAAAACUCUUCAAUACAUCUCCGUUUUCAACAACAGGAAAAUGUAUGCUGUGAAAGGAGUUACCCAGUUCAAGAACGACUGAACUGGAUUUGUUUGUCCUUACUAGUGAUGUCAUAGCCAAAUCAUGCUAUAUAGUAUCGUAUGAACGUCGUAGGAGCCUGCUGGAUGAGGUCAAUGGCUCACCUAGUCUAGCAUCUUCUGACAGUGGCCAACCAGAUGGCUGUGAGAAACCCACAAGCAGGAUUUGUGCUCAAGAGUACUCUCCCCUCCUGUGGUUUGUAGGAACUGGUUGGUAUUCAAAAGCAUUACAGCUUCCAAAAUGCAUAGCUGUCAACCCUCCCUUUUUUUUUGCGGGAAACUCCCUUAUUCCAAGCCCCAGCUGUCAACCUUCCCUUUUUUUGCUGGAAAUUCCCUUAUUCCAGCACUGUUUCCCACUGCUAUCCUGGUUUGUUAGAUAUACUGUAGUCUGUCCCCAGGACAGGUGAGGCUGCUGAUCCCUUAUUUUCAAAUCCGAAAGUUGACAGCUAUUCCAAAAUGACAUCAUUCAUUAUGUGGUUCCCAUUUCAGGUUGGUUUCCCUGUGUGAUUCAUAUGGUAUUAUCAAGCUGACAACCCAGUGUAAGAGGGGGAGAUGUAAAAGAUCAAGGGGGGAAAUGCCAGUGAAUAGGAAUUUGUGCAUAACUUAGGGGAUGAGGGAUACAUUCUGCCUCUGAAAUAAACUUUCGGCCUAAAGAUCAAAAGAGGUGAAUUUUUAGUGCAGCCCUAAUAACUGAGGGGAGAGAGAGAGGAAGACAGCUGAUAAUUUUGUUUACAUCUCAACCUUAAAUAUAUUUUCAUGGAUGCAGUUUGUAUUGUUCUGGAAAUAGAAAUUGGCUUAUAUGUGCAAUUGCUAUGUUUCCCCAAACACUGCAUCACACUGCACCUGUUCAUAAACAUGUUAGUUAGGAAUAAGUCCCAUUGCCUUGAGGUAUGUUUUUUCAGCAUUGCAGCAUAAAAUCAUAUAUAAAAGUGUAACAGAAAUUGGAAGUGUACCAGUGAGGCCAUUGAAGCUGAAUUUCUUGAAUGACAGUUUCUUUUUACCAGAAAGGUAAUUUGUUUGGAAACCAGCUCACAUACUGAUCUCCCUACUUGCAUCAGUCUGCUUGUAGUAGCAUUUUCAUUAAUGGAGGUCCUUCCAUCCUAUUGCCACUUGCUUAGAGGUGUGUUUGAACUGCAGUUUUCAGCACUGGAUUCCGAUGGAGGAAGUAUAGCUGUCGGUCUCAUUCGUCCUAUUGCGAAUAUGGAUCCUCCCCCCCCCCACUCAGUCUCGCCCUACACAUGCAGCGCUCUCUCACCUCCACAGGAGAGCGGAAGUUGCGUCACACCGCUGCCCCGC